ACGUAGACACGGUAGAAGUUCCGGUGUAAACGAAGGUUUUGGAUCCGUGUUGGAGAAGCCUCGUCCCGUUUGUUUUGGUUCUUUUUUUUUAAGAUGGUUAGCUUGUUUUAAAUGACGUCCAUUUUAAGCUAGGCUAGCAGACAUCGCGCGCGGCCUCGAGGAUGUUCACGCUGCUGUCGGGGUUGUAUAAAUUCAUGUUCCAAAAGGACGAGUUCUGUGUCCUAAUCCUGGGCCUGGACAACGCCGGGAAAACGACCUUCCUGGAACAAACCAAAACCAAGUUUAGUAAGAACUAUAAGGGUAUGAAUCUAAACAAGAUCACCACUACUGUGGGUCUGAACAUUGGUACAAUCGAUGUGGGCAAAGCUCGGCUCAUGUUUUGGGACCUGGGAGGUCAGGAGGAGCUCCAGUCUUUGUGGGAUAAAUACUAUGCAGAGUCCCACGGAGUUAUCUACGUGAUUGAUUCCACUGACGAAGAGCGUCUGUCGGAAUCCAAGGAGGCGUUUGAGAAAAUGAUCAGCAGUGAGGCGUUAGAAGGUGUCCCGCUCCUCGUGCUUGCCAACAAGCAGGAUGUUCCGGACUGCCUGUCAGUUCCAGACAUCAAGACGGCUUUUAGCGACUGCGCUCCAAAGAUCGGAAAGAGAGACUGCCUGGUUCAGCCGUGCACCGCCCUCACCGGGGAUGGAGUGAAUGAAGGCAUCGAGUGGAUGGUAAAGUGUGUGGUCAGGAAUAUCCACCGUCCCCCCCGGCAGAAGGACAUCACCUAAGACACUGAAACCUCUCUGGAUCAGACAGACUGAAUUCUUCUGCCCGUGCGGCCCUGUAGUUUCACUCCUCUUUUUUUCAUGACAGAGUGAACAGAGAUGAGCCCCUGAACCUCCUACCGUUUCAGAAACUCAGUCUAGCUACAGUCAGACUGCAGCUCACAGAGAACAGGAGCUUCUUGUGAACAUAUGCUGUUACAUUUCCACACCUGUCUGCUCACGGGCUUCAUCCCUGCGCUCAACAACCUCUAACCCUUAAGACCAGGAUCCAGCCCCUUUUUACCUGUUGAUGACCAAAGCUCCUUCUCCUGCACCAGGCCCUCUCUUCUGAUGAACUUCCAGGCAGAAAAAAAUUUAGGAUUCUGUCUCCAAACAUCUCAAACUAUCAGAUAUACAGACUGCCUCCUGAGCCCCAGCUGUGUUUGAAAGCCACAGAAAAGGUCUCUCUGAGGCAGACCUGCAGGUCUUAGUAUUGGAGCUUGUGGACUUCACAUCUGCUGGAUCCAUGUGUGAAGUUUUGAAGAGAAAUGAAGUCUGUGGAUUGUUUGUUUUGAAAUAAAGAAUAGUUUCAUAAAUG